AUGCCAGAAGGAGAUAACGCCGUUCCUGAAAUCCAGCAAGUCAUUCUUCAAAUGGCCCAGCUUCUACAGCAGAUGGCACAACAGCAGCAGCAAGCACUUCCACAGGUUCAAUCUCAAGAGCAGAUUUUGGAGUCCCUGUCCUCAAACAUAACCGAGUUUGCCUUCGAUGAAGAAAACGGAGUGACGUUUGGACGUUGGUUUGACCGCUAUCAAGACCUCUUCGAGAAUGACGCCCGCCAGCUGGAAGACGCCGCAAAAGUUCGCCUGCUCCUCCGGAAGCUGGAUACUCCUUCGCAUAGCCGUUACAUCAAUUACAUACUCCCGAAGCUUCCAAAAGACGUGACGUUUGAAGACACCGUGAAGAUUCUGAAGAAAAUCUUUGAAAAUCAAGUCUCCACGUUCCGGAAGAGUAUUCCAAUGUCUCCAGUUGGUGAAGAGUGA